AUGCUUCUACGGGGAUUCCUCUCAAAGCAAUUUCAAGAAACGCGCACGUUUACGCUUGGAGUGCCAGAGAUGAUGUGCGCGGACAACUCAUGUGCAGUAGUACUGAUCACAAUGGGAGUGCUGCUUGGUCGUAUGACUCCAGUACAGUUCCUACUACUAGCGUUUUUUGAGACCAGUUUAGCAGUCCUUGUUGAUCAUGUUAUCGUCAAUAUCCUACAUGUAACGGCAGCGUUGGUCGGAAAGAAGAAAAAUGUUAUGGAAAUGGACGAACAGGGCUCCAUUCACCAUUCAGACUUAUUCUCAAUGAUCGGUACUCUCCUUCUUUGGGUGUUCUUCCCAUCCUUCAACGCUGCCGUUCAGGAGCCAGAGGACGCACGGCAUCGAGCAAUUAUGAACACAUAUCUUGCAAUGGCAAGUGGCACAGUGACGACGUUCAUACUGAGCUCCUUCGUCGAUAAUCUUGGACGAUUCAAUAUGAUUCACAUUCAAAGUUCGACGCUUUCUGGAGGUGUCGCUAUUGGUUCAGCAGCAAACGCUGUGCUCUAUCCAUCUCAUGCUGUUGCUGUCGGGAUUUGCGCAAGUUUCGUAUCUGUGAUCGGUCAUGCUUGGCUGAGUCCAAAACUCGAGAAACGUUUCAAGCUGUUCGACACCUGUGGUGUGCACAAUCUUCACGGGAUUCCAGGGAUCCUCGCCGGG